AUGGUGGGUCCGAGAUGGUCGGCGACGGUUGGGAUUGACAAAGGAGUUGCAGAGGGCUGCCGUAGGGGUGGUUGCGGAGCGGCGGUCAGGCAAGGACCGGAUCGAUGGUGGGUCGAGAUGGCCGGCGACGGAGAUUAUUUGGCCGGCGCAUCGAUGAGGGUUGCUGAGCUUCGGGGAGAAUCAGGGAAGGAGCAGAUCGAUUAUGGUCGAGAUGGUCGGCGGCGUGAGAUAAAGGAGUUUCAGUUGUUGGCGGCGUGA